GGAUGAGUGUGGCUUGGCCCUUGGCAGGCUGGCAUCUAUUGUGGAGCAGGUGUCAGUGCUGCAGAACCAGGGCCGGGAGAUGAUGAUUGUCACCAGUGGUGCCGUGGCUUUCGGCAAGCAGCGGCUGCGCCAUGAGAUCCUGCUCUCUCAGAGUGUGAGGCAGGCACUGCACUCUGGCCAGAGUCAGCUCAAAGACAUGGCUAUCCCAGUCUUGGAGGCCCGAGCCUGUGCAGCAGCUGGCCAGAGCGGACUAAUGGCUCUCUACGAGGCCAUGUUUACACAGUACAGCAUCUGUGCAGCUCAGAUCCUAGUCACCAAUCUGGAUUUCCAUGAUGAACAGAAACGUCGGAACUUAAAUGGAACAUUGCACGAGUUGCUAAGAAUGAAUAUUGUCCCUAUAAUUAACACUAAUGAUGCUGUUGUUCCACCUCCAGAGCCCAACAGUGAUCUGCAGGGGGUAAAUGUGAUUAGUGUGAAGGAUAAUGACAGUCUGGCAGCACGACUGGCUGUGGAAAUGAAAACUGAUCUCCUGAUUGUUCUCUCAGAUGUAGAAGGACUCUUUGACAACCCUCCAGGCUCUGAUGAUGCAAAGCUCAUUGACAUAUUCUACCCAGGAGACCAGCAGUCUGUAACAUUUGGAACCAAAUCCCGAGUGGGAAUGGGAGGCAUGGAAGCGAAGGUGAAAGCAGCUCUCUGGGCCCUCCAAGGAGGCACGUCUGUAGUGAUUGCCAAUGGAACCCACCCAAAGAUCUCGGGUCAUGUCAUCACAGAUAUCGUGGAAGGAAAAAAAGUUGGAACCUUUUUUUCAGAGGUAAAACCUGCAGGUCCUACAGUGGAGCAGCAGGGCGAAAUGGCUCGGGCUGGUGGCAGGACCCUGGCAGCUCUACAGCCUGAGCAGAGAGCAGAGAUCAUCUAUCAUCUUGCUGACUUACUAACUGACCAGAGAGAAGAAAUUCUCUUGGCAAACAAAAAGGACUUGGAAGAGGCUGAAAACAAAGGGAGGCUGGCGCUGCCAUUGCUGAAGCGCCUGAGCCUGUCCACGUCCAAGCUGAACAGUCUGGCCAUCGGCCUGCGGCAGAUCGCAGCCUCCUCACGGGACAGCGUGGGCCGCGUGCUGCGCAGGACGCGCGUGGCCAAGGACUUGGAGCUGGAGCAGGUGACAGUGCCCAUUGGCGUCCUCCUCGUCAUCUUUGAGUCCCGGCCUGACUGCCUGCCGCAGGUGUCUGCUUUGGCCAUAGCCAGUGGAAACGGCUUGCUGCUUAAAGGAGGGAAAGAAGCAGCACAUAGCAAUCAAAUCCUUCAUCAUCUGACACAGGAAGCACUCUCCACUCAUGGAGUCAAAGAUGCGGUGCAACUAGUGAACACAAGAGAGGAAGUAGAAGAUCUCUGCCGUUUGGAUAAGCUGAUAGACCUAAUCAUUCCACGUGGUUCCUCACAGCUAGUCAGGAAUAUCCAGAAAGCUGCAAAGGGAAUCCCAGUGAUGGGACACAGUGAAGGAAUCUGUCAUGUGUACGUGGACACAGAUGCCAGCGUUGAGAAGGUCACACGAAUAAUCAGAGACUCCAAGUGUGAAUAUCCUGCUGCCUGUAAUGCUCUGGAAACUCUCUUAAUUCACCGAGACUUGCUGAGGAGCCCGUUGUUCGAUCAGAUCAUUGACAUGUUGAGGGUAGAACAGGUGAAGAUUCAUGCUGGCCCAAAGUUUGCAUCUUACUUGACAUUCAGCCCUUCAGAAGUGAAAUCUCUGCGCACAGAAUAUGGGGACCUGGAGUGCUGCAUUGAGGUGGUGGAUAGUGUUCAAGAGGCUGUUGAACAUAUCCAUAAGUAUGGAAGUUCUCACACAGAUGUUAUCAUCACAGAGAACGAGAAAACAGCAGAGUUGUUCCUCCAGCAUGUGGAUAGCGCUUGUGUUUUCUGGAAUGCCAGUACCCGGUUCUCUGAUGGCUAUAGAUUUGGACUUGGUGCUGAAGUGGGAAUUAGUACUUCUCGUAUCCAUGCCCGUGGACCAGUGGGAAUUGAAGGACUCCUGACUACGAAGUGGUUGCUGAGAGGGGACAAUCAUAUUGUUUCUGACUUCUCAGAGCAUGGGAGCAUGAAGUAUCUUCAUGAGAGCCUCCCCCUCCCUCAGAGAAAUAUCAAUUAAGAACACUGGGGUAUAAGUAUUUUCUGAAGAUGUUCAGGCUUUAGGGCACUCUUUGGGGUGGGAGUUCGGUUUUCAUCUUCUGGAAACUCAGUCACUGUGCAGUACAAGGAGUACAAAAUUAACCCAUUUCCAAGAUAUUUUUUUUCCUCCUACUUGUUUGCCUUAGUAUCUGUAAACUGAUCUCACUUUUUCCAGAGGGUCCCAGGCCUCUUCAAAACAUAAAGGUGA